ACUGAAUCCUUUCAUCGCACUGGGCAGACUCGCGGUUUUCGUUCCACUGACGCAAUUAUUCUGGCAAUUACCUACCAUAUCUGUACUUCAAAAUUCCAUUUCUUCUAGGUGCUCCUUCUGGAUAUCUCAGCGCCAGUACGAUCGUCUCGAAACGGCAUGGCCCCAUGGCUAGUACUAGCGGUGCACACUCCACCCAGCCUGCAUGCAGCCCCUCUACAGCCAAAAGGAGCACGCCUCGUCGACAAAAGAAUCUUCAUCCCGCGAAAAUUUUCUUUCUCAGAUGAACGCCGCUGGAUCAGUCCAGCAGAACAGAGAGACUCGGGAAUUCCUGCAGCUGUGGCAUCGCAGCCCCAUGCUAGUAACGUGACUGUGCCAGGAGAACCAGUAGAGAUCGAGCCAAUCACCCCAAGAUUCGAUGGAUGCCGCCGACGCCUGCACCAAGUCUCUCAGACGCCUCCUUCGGACCAAGAAACGCUCGUUAUAGGCAGCGGAAGCAACGGAAGCAGCAACAGGAGCAGCCAUGGGAGCAACGGGAGGAGCAGCAGGAGCAGCCAUGGGAGCAACGGGAGCAGCGGGAGCAGCGCCAAUGCUUGGCAUUUGGAAGGGGCUGCUGGGUUGUUCCCUGCAGACGCGUGGGACCUGGACGAGGCUGCUGCUACCGGCGCCCAGGUGCGAGUCUUCGGGCCUGCUGCAAUGGUCACCAGAGGCGUAACCCCCGCAGGAGGCAUGCCUUCCGGAGCCAUGGUGUCCCGGGAUUUACCGGGAGAGAUCACUUGGAGAGGCAUGCCGCUGACACAUGAUGAUGUUACCUGGAGUGCAGGCCCAGACCUGUCUUUCCGUUCGCCUGAAGCUAUGCAAGAGUAUGGUGACGGAUGUACUAGUGCAACGCGUGCAGCAAAGUUCCCAGUGGAGAGCAACUCAUUGCUGGGAAAGUUGCUUCUGCAGUGCAGUACCGGGAGGCACGUGGUGCAGAGAGGGGAAUGGGCGGCAAGGAUAGCUCGCAGGUAUGGAGUCACACUGACCGACCUCUCCAGAGCCAACCCGAGCCUGAGGCUCGGGAAGCUGGUUCCAGGCCAAACCAUCAACCUCCCUGCUACAGCCAGACCCACUGGAGAUCUCUCCACAGCAUUGUGUGCAUGUGUGCAAUCGAUGCAUCAAGCCUUCACUAUUAUGAGGUCACUUGUUAUUACCGUGUUAAACUGGAUACAGCAUGAGCAGCAACAGCUGUGGUGGCGGUGGCAGGAGCAACGCCAGCAUCAGAGGUGGCAGCAGCAGGGGCAGCAGAAGCAAGUGCAAGAGUACGUGAAGCGGGUGAUGCAUGAUGACUUUAUCGAGGAUGACGAAUCAGCAGACGAGGAGGAAGAGGCUCUAUGCGAAUGGCCUGACGCUGAGACAAACAGCCACGAAGACAGUGUGCAGCAGGCGCAUGAAGAGUACAGGAAGGAGGGAGCUGAGAAGGCGGGGGGAGAAGCAGAGGCAGGGUGGAAGGGGUAUGGAAGAGAGGGGGGGAAGGAGCACGCCAUGAGGCCGUUUGCCAGCCGCACUCAGCUGCUGAUGGAGCGAUGGAUCCAGGGGAGGUCUGUGCAGCAAUGGGUGAGCUCUGUUUCUCCUAUGCCCACCUCACCACCAUCACCAUCGCCAUCAUCACCAUGGCAAGUGAUUGGCAAAGUGAGCCUGCACACACACCUGCUCCUCCUCCCUGCCUCCCUGCUAGUCGGUGUUGGAAUCCUGACUCUUCGGAGACAACACAGGGCCAGCAUCAGGAAGUGACAGUGGUAGAGGCAAUUUUGCUGGGUACUAGAUAGCUAGCUAGUUCUUAGCCCUGUGCCUGCCAGUUUAUUCAUAGCCACCACUGGACUGGACUGGGACUGGAUUGACCCUUCAGGUUGAAGCUGUUACUCCGAAGAAAGCGCCAAAGACGGCUACAGUCUUCACCUGCAGAUAC